AUGCAGAACGGCACUGAGGGAAAAAACUUCUACAUCCCCAUGAACAACCACACGGGGCUUGUCAGGAGUCCCUUUGAGUACCCACAAUACUACUUGGGCAAUCCAAUUCAGUUUAAAUUACUGGCUGCCUACAUGUUCUUCCUCAUCUGCACCGGCUUCCCCAUCAAUGCGCUAACAUUGGUGGUCACAGCUCAGAACAAGAAGCUUCGACAACCUCUCAACUACAUUCUAGUUAACUUGGCUGUGGCUGGACUCAUCAUGGUAUGCUUUGGAUUCACAAUUACUUUCGUCACUGCAAUCAAUGGCUACUUUAUUUUUGGACCGAUUGGCUGCGCAGUUGAGGGAUUCAUGGCUACAUUGGGAGGUCAAAUUGCUUUGUGGUCUUUGGUGGUGCUGGCUGUCGAGCGGUACAUUGUUGUCUGCAAACCUAUGGGAAGCUUUAAAUUCACGGCUAGCCACGCUGGUGCUGGAGUGGGGUUCACUUGGAUUUUGGCAAUAUCUUGCGCUGCGCCCCCACUUGUCGGCUGGUCCAGGUACAUCCCCGAGGGCCUGCAGUGUUCGUGUGGACCUGACUACUACACUUUGGCUCCAGGCUACAACAAUGAGUCCUAUGUCAUGUAUAUGUUCAUCGGUCACUUUCUUGUCCCUGUUUCCAUAAUUUUCUUCACCUAUGGCAGCCUUGUGCUGACUGUGAAAGCAGCUGCUGCCCAGCAGCAGGAUUCUGCCUCCACCCAAAAGGCAGAGAAGGAGGUGACGCGUAUGUGUAUCCUCAUGGUGCUCGGCUUCCUGGUGGCUUGGACUCCUUACGCCACAGUUGCAGCAUGGAUCUUCCUGAACAAGGGCGCUGCCUUUUCUGCAUCAGCCAUGGCUGUCCCAGCUUUCUUCUCCAAAAGCUCAUCACUCUUUAACCCAAUCAUUUAUGUGGUCAUGAACAAACAGUUCCGCAACUGCAUGCUCAGCACAAUUGGAAUGAGUGGAAUGGUUGAAGAUGAGACCUCAGUAUCAACUAGCAAGACAGAAGUGUCAUCCGUGUCUUAA